CCAGCCGAGAAUAAUCGUUAUUGCUGCGCAGUUGUUGUUUUUUCAGACGUGUCAAUUGUUUGUCUAAUUGUACCAGCCAACGACGCCGAAACGCCAUCAAAUUGCGAAAUCUAAAUAAGUAAAUUAUGCGCACAUGCGCAGAAAUCGAGAAAAGUCAUCAUUCCAGCGCACAAAGGAGAACCCACCACCAACGAAAAUCGCAAUAUUAAGCUGCGGCGGAGGAGGGGCUGGACUCCACUUUUCCAGGGAGAAAGCGAGAAUCCGAGAGAGAAGACUCCAGCUCGGUAUUUGAGCCAUUGCCAUUCCGCUGCUCCGUCAGUUUUCAGAGGACCUUCGAAGUGGGCAGCCGAGAAUCCAAAGUCUCCUGGCGACCAAAUACCAAAUAACAAAAAAGAACCCAAUAAAGCAAAAAAUCCAGUUGGCAGAGAAAAUCAAAAGCUCAAGUGGUAAUUGGCACCGAAUCAAAUUACUUUAGUUGUGCAAAAGGCAAAAAAGGAGAAAAGCCAAUAAAACAAACUCGAGAGUGGCAGUGGCGUGUGUCCAUGUGGAAAAUCGAUCGAAUCGUAGAGUAUUUAUCGUGUAAUUGUGCCCAAUAGUCAGGCAAUUCGCAGACCGUUUUAUUGAUUUUCCCCACCGCCGCCUCGCCAAGUUGCAAAUUAAACCCAUAUUUUCCAUUCCCACUUGACGACGCAUCAUCUUCCAUGCCAUCUUGCAGCGCGUGCAAAUUGCAAGUUAAAUGCGAGAAUUUACAUAACGCCGAGCGUUGUUGAAAGUGAAACUUCUGUGGUGCGAACGAAACACUGAAAGAAAGAAAAACCUAUUACAAAAUACCAUACAUAUCUGCCUCUGUCCAGUGUAGUAAAACUUGGAGCGCAAGGAGCGGGAGAGCAGCAGUAGCGAGAGAGAGCGAGAGAGCCGAACGUGCGCACGUCUUCCUGGUCAGGACACACACACACAUCGACUCCCACAACCACAACCACACCACUAAUCCUUGACAGCGAAGGGAGCCAAAGGAGCAGCAGAAGCAGCAGGAGCAGAAGCAGCCAACAUGUUUUCGGGGCUAACAAAUCAAUUUACCUCGCUGGUGGGCGCCGUGAAGGGCGGCGCUGGCGACGAGGAUGUGCCCGCGCCCACAGGAGAGGCGGCCGCUCCAGCAGCCGCCUCCACAUCCUUGGAGGCCACCUCGUCGGCAGCCGUGGAUCCGGAGGCAGCUGCCGCCGCCGGUGCUGAAGGACUGGAGGGCGAGGAAGCUGGCAAGAGACUUCCCAAAUCCGUCUCCCUGGUUGAUUCAUUAGUAUCCGAAGCCACCGGAUGGUUGGGCAGUGCCAAGGGUUGGCUGGGAAACGCCUCGAUACCGUCGAUGCCAGCCAUGCCGUCGAUGCCAUCGAUGCCAGCUAUGCCAGCCAUGCCGUCGAUACCAUCGAUUCCGGGACUGCGCAAAGCCGGAGGCGCCGAGGGGGCCGAGGGCGCCGAGGGAGCUGCAGCCGGAGAGGGCGGGGCCGCCGCCGGUGGAGCCGUGAGUGGUGGCGAGGAUGACGACAAGUCGAGCGCUACGGAGGGCGCCGACUCGCAUCCUGCAUCGGGCGGUGGCACGCCCACCGGCGACGAGGGUCAAAUCGGACAGGGUAAGGGCGAUGAAGUCAAAAUUACCACAAAAGUAACACAGCAGGCCAAACACUUUGGAUCCUUCUUGUCAUCGGCCAUCAGCAAGGCUGGCACCAAAAUUAAGGAAACAGUCAAGGAUAAUACCAUUCUCGACUCGUUCAAUAAGGAGCAGGAGGCCUUCAUCAAGGGCCAGGGCGGCGUGGGCAAUGGGGCAGCACCCUGGAUCGGGCACGCCAACGAGGCCAAGAUCAAGGAGGAGAUCCUGGGCCUGUCGCAGGAUCGCCGCAACUUCGUGCGCGCUCCGCCCGCCGGCGUGGACUUUGAGUUUAGCUACGACACCGCCUAUCCCACGGCCAUAGCCAUUAUGGCCGAGGACAAGGCGCUCGAGACGAUGCGAUUCGAGCUGGUGCCCAAGAUCAUCACUGAGGAGAACUUCUGGCGGAAUUACUUCUACCGCGUCUCACUGAUCAUCCAAGCCGCCGAGCUGGGAACCCUGGGCGCCGAUGGCGUGGGCCAGGCUUCCAGCGGCGAAGAUGCCAACGAAGUGGCCAAUAAAGAGAGCACAACCAAGACUGUCGAACCAGCCAAGAGCGAUACCAGUCUGAAAGCCAUAGCCGAGCAGCCGAAGGCCGUGAUAGAGCCGGAGGUUCAGGAACCCCAUGGGGCAGCCAAGUCGAAGGCUCGUGCUGGCAAAGAGCUGGGCCAGAAGAUCUCCGAAUCGGAAUUCGUUUCGGACGACUUUCAGGCCUCCAGCGAAUCGGACUUGGCUGAAAUCCAAGACGGCAUGCGCAAAUUGGGCAUUGAUAGCAUGACCCAACUGGCACUAGGCACGACUGAUGAGGAACAAUGGGAAAAGGAUCUGGAAGCUGAACUCAAGGACUACGAGGUGGUCGACGAAGGCGGCACUGACGGCGGCGGAGGAGGACGCAGAAAAGGCAAAAAGGAUGCCCAGGACGAGGCAGGGGCGGAGGCGGAGGAGGACGAACCGACAAUAUCAAACUUGCGCACACGCUCGACUAACAACGAUUGGGAGGAGUACGCAGAUUUAAUUGAGGAUACCGAUGAUUUAAAAACUUUGAAGUGCCUAAAGCGCACGAUGUUGGGCUAUCCAUGAGACGAGGCAGUCCCCCCAGCGCUCUUCUAGUGCCAGUGGUCCCCAGACAUAUCACUGGGGGCUUGCCUUGGGGUGGCCUAUUGGAAAAGUUGGUUAAGAUACUACCCCUUCACACCCACUCAAUUAUUGGCCCCAGAGCAAGACGUUUUAUUCAGUUACCUUCAGACAUGAUAUAAGACACUAAAGCAAAAGAAAACGAUUUUAUUCAAUCUUAACGUUUUAAAGAAAUCAACCAAGCCCAGCCCAAGCCCAAGCCCAAGCCAAUCUGGUAUUCAAAUAUAUCUACUAUAUUCUCUUUUAUUUGGUUGACACAACACCGAGUGGCAGCGGUAGAGGGAGUCGUCGGUAUUACUUGCCAAUUGUUCAGCACACGAAAUCCGAAAUGUGGCAGUCAGUAACCUAUCAAUAAGUACUUAUAUAGACACACAACUAUGAAUGCAGGCUAAACGAGAAACUAGCUAAUGCUAUAAAUGCAGAUCAUAUUUCAAUAUAGUGACUAAAAAUUGAGUAAACAGAACAAGCUUCAAAGGGAAAAUUUUGUUAUUUAUAUUUAUAAAUAAAUUAUAUAUAAAUAUAUAUAAA